GUUUAGAAGGCAGUUUUGUAUGGCGCUUCAAUCGGACGCGGAUUGGAUAAUGACCCUCAAAUAAAACCCUAAAAAUUAAAAAAAAACCCAAAAUCCUCUCUCUAUAUUCCGUCUUUUCUCUCUCUUUUUCGCCAAACAGAUUCUAAAAUCUUUCUCAAGGAGGGAGGGAAGGGGGAAUUUCAGAUUUUUUUCUUUUUGAAAUUCUCUAGCCCAACCAUCAACAAUGGGAGAGGAGGUGAAGGCUAGGAAUUUCAUUUCAACAGAAGAGCUGAAGAAUCACAAUAAGCCAGGGGAUCUUUGGAUCUCAAUCCAAGGCAAGGUGUACGACGUGACUAAAUGGGCUAAAGACCACCCCGGCGGCGAUCUCCCUCUCCUAAACCUCGCUGGCCAGGAUGUCACCGAUGCCUUCGUCGCCUACCACCCCGGCUCCGCCUGGCAAUACCUCGAUCGGUUCUUCAUUGGCCAUCUCCAAGACUACAGCGUCUCCGAUGUCUCAAAGGACUACCGUCGCCUCGUCUCCGAAUUCUCUAAGCUCGGCCUCUUCGAGAAGAAAGGACACGUCGCGUUCUUCACCCUCUCUUCCAUGGUCCUCUUCUUCUCCCUCUCUCUCUACGGCAUCAUUGCAUCCUCCAGCGCCUUGGUCCAUUUGGCCUGUGGCGGAUUGAUGGGUUGGCUCUGGAUGCAGUCCGGUUGGAUCGGGCACGAUUCUGGCCAUUAUCAGAUCAUGACCAAUGCGCGUAUAAAUCGGUUCGUGCAGGUUCUGUCCGGCAAUUGCGUGUCGGGUAUCAGCAUUGCCUGGUGGAAGAGGAACCACAACGCCCACCACAUUGCCUGCAAUAGCUUGGAUUUCGAUCCAGAUCUCCAGCACAUGCCCUUCUUCGCCGUCUCUUCCAAGUUGUUCAAUUCCAUAACUUCCUAUUUCUAUGAAAGGAAGAUGCAUUUCGAUGCUCUUUCUCGGUUCCUGGUCAGUUACCAGCACUGGACUUUCUACCCUGUCAUGUGCUUCGCCCGUAUCAACCUCUUUGCCCAGUCCAUCUUGCUGCUGCUGUCGAAGAAAAGUGUCCCCAAUAGACGCCAGGAGAUGUUGGGUGUUCUCUUCUUUUGGGUCUGGUUUCCAACCGUCGUUUCACUUCUGCCCAAUUGGGGUGAGAGGGUGAUGUUCAUCGUCGCCAGCUUCUCCGUCACAGGAAUUCAGCAUGUCCAGUUCUGUCUCAACCACUUCUCAUCCAGCGUUUACAUGGGCCCGCCCUGUGGGAAUGACUGGUUUGAGAAGCAGACCAAUGGCACACUCAACAUUACUUGCCCAUCAUGGAUGGAUUGGUUCCAUGGCGGACUCCAGUUCCAGAUCGAGCAUCAUCUGUUCCCCCGGCUGCCUCGCUGCAAUCUCAGGAAGGUUGCGCCUUUGGUGAGGGAUCUGUGCAAGAAGCAUAACUUGCCUUAUGCAAGCCUGUCAUUCUGGGAUUCCAAUGUGUUGACUAUUAGGACGCUCAGGGCCGCAGCAUUGCAGGCUCGGGACAUCACCAACCCAAUCCCGAAGAAUUUGGUGUGGGAAGCUGUGAACACCCAUGGUUGAUAGAGCUGCUUCUUAAGGCUCCCAUCUUCACAGUCAUCAGACCUGUGUUUGCAGGGUUCCCCUUUAUCUCAAUGUUCGUCUUGAGAUUAUUCUUCUGCUGGUCCUUACAGUUAGAGGAUGAUCAUUUGCCUUCCAUUAAUGCAGAUCUGUUUGAUAGGGAUCAUAUCGUAGAAUCUGGUGCUGUUUGGAUUGAGAUUAUGAACUGUCCAUAUGCAUGUGCAUCCCGACAUUGUUCUUCCUCAUUUGUCAGUGCCGCUAUAUGUUUUGUUUUCGCAAAGAUAGGCAUUUUAGUAGGUGAGUAUUGGUUGGGUUCAUGUAUUGGACUUUGUUGUUGAUAUCUCUUUAGAAAGCCUCAGUUGCUUUUGGGGUUUCUGCUAUUUGGAUUUCUUUCUGUGUAUUUGAGUUGGGAUGGAAGUUGCAGUCUCUCCUGAGCCAUUCGGUGUAAGAUUUGAAGUUAGUGGUUUGGAGCUUUUGGUUCACAGAUGCAAUGCUAGUUUCCUGAUGGAUCUGAAAUUCUUGCAGUUCCAAAUUAUGGGUUUGGUAUUUUCUCCA